AUGUCCGCGAGGCCUAGUAAAGCACACGUCGGUACCAGCCUUCGUAGUUGGAAGGUCAUCCCAAGCCAAAUCCGGUGCGCGCCCAACCGUGGCAAGGUUGCCAGUGCGUCGCCACCCGCAUCUCCCCCCCACUCUCCUUCGCCGCUGGCAUCCAAGGACGACCACGACGCCAGCCACCGGACCCCGCCGUCGGCCUCCACCCAACCCGCCGCCGCCGCCGGGGGCCCAGAGCUCCACCCGAACGGCAGGCCUUUCAUCGCGAUCCAGACCGCAUCGCUCGUGUGGGGUGCGGACUACCCCAGCGACCCGCAGCGCUACAGUGGCAUCCUCAACUACCCGAAACCGCGGUCGAUGGUGACCCCCAGCCAGGUCCGGAGCGCGAAGGCUUCAGGCGGGCGGCCCCCGAGUGAGCCCCAGCCUGGUGCGCGCCCGGCUCCGCGCUCGCGGCGCCGUCGGACCCGUGGAUUCAACACGUCGUCGGUGGGCGGUCCGAGCCAAGUCCCGACUUCGCACAGAUCCUACCCCUGGGGCGACCAAAGCUACGCCGAGCACCGCGAAGAACUCGAGAGGUUGCUCCACGACAUCGACACCCAGUGGGGGUCGUGGCCCGAAGGCGGAGCACUUGAAGGAUAUGGGUCGAGUUGA